AUGAGCUUUCUGGAUCUUUCUAACAACAAAAUCCAUGGGGUUGUACCCAACUGGAUUUGGAAUGCUGGUAGUGGGAUUAUUGUUCACUUAAAUCUUUCUUGCAACUUCUUGGACCAUCUAGAGGAACCAUUGCCUGAUCCAAACUCUAGAUCUUCGGCCAUUGUUGACCAUCAUUCCAACCUGCUCCAAGGGCCAGUUCCAAUUCUCUCAUCAGUUGUCACCUAUUUGGAUUACUCAAACAACAACUUCACCUCUACCAUCCCAGCCAAUAUCUCUUCUUACCUUUCCUUUACCAUCUUCUUCUUUGUCUCAAACAAUAAGCUUCACAGAGAAAUUCCCACAUCAAUAUGCAAUGCUAGCAACCAUCAAGUUCUUAACCUGUCCAAUAACAACUUGAGCAACAUGGUUCCAACUUGUCUUGGUAGCAACACUCGGACACUAGGAGUAUUGAACCUAGGGCAAAACAACUUCAAAGGAAGUAUACCUCAGACAUUUCCAAUUGGUUGUAGUCCAAUGACACUUGAUCUCAAUGGGAAUGAGUUAGAAGGAUCAAUUCCAAUGACUCUUGGCAAUUGCAAAAUGCUAGAGUCUAACCAUUUCCAUGGACCCAUCAGAAGAACUGAUCACACCUUCCCAAGGCUACCAACCAUUGAUCUCUCAUCCAAUGACUUUGUGGGUAACUUGUCCUCGGAAGUCUUUUUGAGUUGGAAAGCAAUGACCGUGGAGGAAGAUGAGACCCAAUCAGAGAACAAGAUAGAGACACUGAGGUUCAAGUUCCUAGAGUUCUACCAAGUUUACUAUCAGGAUACAGUGAUGCUAACAAAUAAAGGGAUAGAAAUUGAGCUGGUGAAGAUUUUAACCAUCUUCACUUCCAUUGACUUGUCAAACAACAAAUUCCAAGGAUAG